UUACCUUGAAGGCUCUGAUAAAUGCCCAGCUGAACUUGCAGCAAACAUGAAGCUGAUUUUGAUCUUCGGUGCCCUCAUCGGGGUUUCCCUGUGCCUGGAAACCUUCGUUGGGCACCAAGUUCUCCGAAUCAAGACCAGAAAUGAGGAGGAAAUCAAACAACUGCAGCUUUUGGAAUCGCUGGAACAUCUGAAGCUGGAUUUCUGGAUCAAUCCCUCUGCUCCCGCCCUCCCCGUGGAUGUGAGAAUUCCUGCUCUCAGUGUCCAGUCAGUGAAAGCCUUCCUGGAAUCCCAGGGGAUUGAAUAUUCCAUCCUGAUUGAGGACCUGCAGGAUGUUCUGGAUAAGGAAAAGCAAGACAUGGCCGAGAGUGCCCAAAGGCAGCGCAGCAGCAGCUUCGACUUUGGUGCUUACCACAGUCUGGAUGAGAUUAAUGAAGAACUGGAUCAUCUUGCAUCCGAGUUCAGCUUCGUGGAGAAGAUCCAGAUCGGGGAAUCCUACGAGAAGCGGCCUCUGUACGUUCUGAAGUUCAGCACCGGAGGCUCCAAGCGCCCGGCCAUCUGGCUCGACGCCGGCAUCCAUUCCCGCGAGUGGGUCACCCAGGCCAGCGCCCUGUGGAUCGCCAACAAGAUUGCCUCUGACUACGGAACAGACGCUUCCAUCACCUCCCUGCUGGACAAGAUGGAUCUUUUCCUGCUGCCAGUGGCCAACCCUGAUGGAUUUGUGUACACUCACACCUCGAAUCGCAUGUGGAGGAAAACCCGCUCCAAGAUUCCCGGCAGCAUCUGCGUCGGAGUUGAUCCCAACAGGAACUGGGAUGCAGGUUUUGGAGGUCCUGGAGCCAGUAACAAACCCUGCUCCGACUCCUACCACGGGCCCAGCGCCAACUCCGAGGUGGAAGUGAAAUCUGUUGUCGACUUCAUCAAGAAUCAUGGAAACUUCAAGGCCUUCCUGACCCUCCACAGUUAUUCCCAGCUCCUGAUGUAUCCCUAUGGAUACAAAUGCACCAGGCCAGACGAUUAUGCCGAGCUGGAAUCUCUGGGAAGAGCUGCCGCCAGUUCCAUCCGCUCCCUCUACGGCACCACCUUCCAAGUGGGCACCAUUUGCAAAACCAUCUACCAAGCCAGUGGAGGCAGCAUUGACUGGAGCUACGACAACGGCAUCAAAUAUUCCUUCGCCUUCGAGCUGCGGGACACGGGGCGCUACGGCUUCCUGCUGCCCGCCAACCAGAUCAUCCCCACGGCCAAGGAGACCUGGCUGGGCCUGAAGAAAAUCAUGGAGCACGUGCGGAAUAAAUCCGCCUGAG